AAGGUUGAUUGAAGCAGUGGGUCAACUAUAUUUACACAACAGGAUGUGGAACAGCACAUCAGACAUCACAUGACAAUAUGUUGAUCAUUCUGUUUCCUCGAAUCUGUUCAGAGAACAGUUGAGAGCAGACGGUAUGUUGAUGUGGUACUGGCUAUAGCUCGCAAGGACGAAGAUUGAUUAUUACUGAAGAUAUGGAGUGUUUACCAAAAAAGGGAUUGUGUGCGCCGAAUUAAUGAAGAUGGCGUCAAGGAAGACAGAGUUCACAUCGACUUGUCUGAUUUGCUUCGAGACGAGAGCUCUAAAGAUCGUCGGUAGAUGCAAUCACAACUUUUGCACAGAGUGCCUUUCGACGGUUUUUGACAGCCGGGAAAGUGGAAGCGAGGUGUUUCUAUGCCCUACGUGCCAAAAAGAUUGUCCACGACCCUCGGAUGGCGUGAAGGGGUUAUUGGAUUUUACAGGUAUAGCUGUUGACCAAGAAUCAGAAACGAUAACUGUGCUUGACAGUCCUGAGCAGACUGAAGGCCUUGAACCAUCCACAACCUCUGUGGAAGUAAAGGAAUCAGCACCAGACAAUGUGGUUAUCGCGAAAUGUCAGAUUUGUUUGCACAGGAAGAAGGACGCACAAGCAGUAGUUAUGUGCAUCGAUUGUGGACAUUUUUACUACUGUCAAGACUGCUCUGACGUCCACGCAAAGAACAAGGCAACCAGAGAUCACUCUGUUGCAGCAUUAAGGCCGGACAGACAAGACGAGGCGGCAAAAUGCAAGCUGCAUAGCACAGACUUGAUGAGUUAUUGCCAAAACUGCAACACCACAGUCUGCACAGUUUGUGUGAUGCUUGAUCAUGGUGACCACGACAUUGAGAAUCUCCGGGACACUAUUCAGUCGAAGGUUGGUCAGGUGAGUGCCAUGUUAGAGAAAGAAGAAAGCAAACUGAAGGAACUGGAAAUUCUGAAGCAAGAGCUGACUGCUUUGGAAGUUGAGGCCCAAACGGUAGACCAGCAAAAGAGCUUGAUUAAGAAGAUUGAGGAUCAUGCCCAGACAUGCAUUGACAAGACCAUCACAUGGAAAGAACAGCGGAAAGCUCAAGUCGCGACAGACUUCAAAGUCGUAAGAGACAUUCCUGAAUGUUUGAAAACGGUUUCCGAGGCCAUUGAAAAGAUACGGGAACCUUUGAAUAGAGCAAGUCGGUUGUUGUCUCAAACCGAACAUCACCCGGAUUACCUCGAGAAACUGGUGUCACGGCAGCAGGACUUGGAGUCUAUUGGACGAGUAGAUGUUGGGGAUGAGGUCGAAGGAAGGGAAUAUAAAGCUAAGCUCAGUGAGCUUCGUAGGAAGUAUAUCCUGUUCAUUCCAGCGAUGGACUUUAAGUGUGGAAAAUUAGGGCCAAGCAAUGCAUUCCCAGGGUCCCGUUUCUCCUUCUCUCUGCCCGAGGCCCAAGCAACCGGUGGGGCAGCCCUACCAGUACAACCACCGCGACACAUUGUUUUCACUCACUCUGAGCCGUACUUUUCACCAAUCAUGCCACUGCCUGAAUUAGUGGUACAGACAACAGGAGAGGAAGAAGAGACUGUGUUGUACAAGAACGACCGUGCACGCUUGUACCGCUUCUCGGAAGGAGAAUGGAAGGAACGUGGCACAGGUCCGGUCAAACUCUUGAAGAACGAAACAAAUGGGAAGGUCAGGUUCUUGAUGCGGAGAGAGCGAGUACUAAAGAUAUGCGCUAAUCAUUUUCUUCACGGAGGCAUGACCCUAACGCCAAUGAAAGCAUCACAGAAUGCCUACAUGUGGUGUGCACAAGACUUUUCCGAAGUGCAGCUGAAAAAUGAACAAUUUGCUUUGAGGUUUAGAACAGAAGAGAUGGCUACCGAAUUCCGGGAUAACUUCUUGAAGGCGGUUGAACAUGCUGAGAGCAGUGGAAAGGAAAGAGAAACUUGAGCCACAAAUACCACAGUUGUCUCUGCAGCUACGGAGAUCCCAAGCGCCAAAUUAUGAACAUUUCUGAGCACAGAAUUUUGGCCUCUACAUUUGGCUGCCAAAUAGAACUGUUUAUGUGUGUGUGUGCGCUUCCCUCUGGCCCACUGGUAAUUUGAAUUCACUGACUUAAAAAAAGCUCAACUCCAUUUUUUCCCUUCAAAAUCGAAGUUUUACCUAUUUUUUAAUCUAUUGACUUUAAAGAGGAUUUCGCACUCGUAACGUUUCAGCAGAAAUUUUCUCUGGCGAUGAAACUGAAUCUUCUCAUUUCCUGUUUAAAAGUCCGGCAUAGAUCGGCCUGAUGUACACGUGGACAAUAGCUGGGCCUGCAAUAGGGUUCAAUUCAGACUGAUGGUGCAUCAAUACAGACUGUGGAGUGGUUGGGGCAUUGUAUUGCUUGCAAGAAGUUAGCUUUAAGCUUUCAGUAGUGGUAGAGAAGGCCCCUUCUCUCAACUAAUUCCCUGUUUAUUUUUUAAAGGAAUUGACACUGAACUGAACUAAUCAAUACCGACAGUGAGGCAUCAAUUUCUAAUUCUGAAACAUCUAAAAUUAAACAACAACUAUGAACAUUGAUAAAAUUAAUGAAAACUUUUUCGAAUAGUUUUGAUACAAAUUUUGUUUAGAAAAUCCAAACCAAAUACGAGGAAAUCCUCUUCUCUUUUGAACCUACCUUCAGC